AAGUUUGCCAAAGCUACAAGGUUCUGUCUCACGGGGAGAAGAGAAGUGCCACAGGGGAGGGUAUUCCAGGCUGAGCUUCAUUGCCGUGUCAGGGAAGCAUGGGGCCACGUCGAUACGACGGACACCAAGUCUGCCAUCAGAGACGAAAAGGAUGUGACUGCUAAAUACUUCGCACCGGAGUCGAUCACCACCGAUUUGAUCGCCUUCAUCGAGUUGUUCCGGAGCAUAUGUUGGAUGACGUCUCGCAUGAUGACCAAGUCGAAGGGCCUGAUGGUUGGGUCACAGGUGGUGUACCAAUGCGGAAUCGGGCAUGUGACCACAUCCCAAUGA